CCUGGGUGGUCCCCCUCUCUCUCCACUUUGGUGAGCUGUUGCUUAGCAGCUAAUAAUAGGCGAUGUUUGCAAAGUAAUUUGCCUCUUCCUUGGCCAAUGGGAGCCGGAGCACUUUUCCAUCAAACCUCCCUUUUCAGGGUUUGCCGAGAGGCGAACUGCUCCAUACGUUACCGCUACGGGAUCGGAGUUAGACUUGACACGGACGGCUCAGUCGUAGGCUACAACUACAACAACUACUACUACUACUACUACUCCUACCCCGAGACCUUGUUUUAUAAGCUAUCGGGACGAAUGAAGACUGAAGGACCUAUACGGAUUUGGGCGCAUAAUGUUGGGAUGGAGUUUCGAGACUUGUUUGGCUCCAAAGAAGACUAGAAACGCUUCUUUUAACUUUCCCCCGGUGGUACUGGAUGCGCUCGUAUUCUAUGUUGGAUUAUUGACACUUUUUCUAAACUCGCACCGUUCAGCCGACGCUUCGCCGCGCGCCUUCCUUCGCUCACUGGGACUAUGGCCUCGGAUCGCGGGGUCCCGGGGGCCGGGGUCUUUGGAGAUUUCCCCCCGAGUUACACGCGUUCUCAGCCGCAUGCCAACCCUCCUGAGCAGCUCCGGAGACCGAGUUAUUGCCACGCUGCGUUCGCACUUAAACAGAUUUCAAAGGGUAAAGCGGUAGGUCAGAAAGCGCCGCUGUGGAUCCGCGCGAGGUUCCAGGCCCUGCUCUUCUCUCUUGGCUGCCACAUCCAGAGCCACUGCGGGAAGGUGCUCUUCAUCGGCCUGCUGGUGUUCGGGGCGCUGUCUGUGGGGCUCCGGGUGGCGGCCAUCGAGACAGACAUCGAGCAGCUCUGGGUGGAAGCUGGUAGCCGAGUUAGCCAGGAGCUGCGCUACACCAAGGAGAAGCAGGGGGAGGAGUCGGAGUUCACCUCACAGAUGCUCAUCCAGACCCCCAAAGAAGAAGGCGCCAACAUACUUACCCAGGAUGCUCUGCUGGUGCACGUGGAAGCCGCAGUGUCUGCCAGCAAAGUCCAGGUGUCGCUGUUUGGAAAGUCUUGGGAUCUAAACAACAUAUGCUACAAAUCAGGAAUCCCUGUUAUCGAAAACGUCAUGAUUGAUAGAAUGAUUGCCAAGCUCUUCCCCUGCAUGAUCAUCACCCCAUUGGACUGUUUCUGGGAUGGAGCCAAACUACAAGGAGGCUCUGCCUACUUACCGGGCAUGCCCGACAUCCAGUGGAUGAACCUGGACCCAGUGAAGCUGAUGGAGGAGCUGAGUCAGUUCACCUCCCUGGAGGGCUUCAAGGAGAUGCUGGACAAAGCACAGGUGGGCCACGCGUACAUGAACCGGCCCUGUCUGGACCCCACGGACCCAGACUGCCCCCUGAGUGCCCCCAACAAGGGUCUAAGAGAGAGCUCUGAUAUCUCUGGGCAUCUCCAGGGCGGUUGCCAUGGUUUCAGCAAGAAGUUCAUGCACUGGCAGGAAGAGCUCAUCCUGGGAGGACGGGUGAAGGACAGCCAGGACGCCCUGCAAAGUGCGGAGGCCCUCCAGACCAUGUUCCUCCUGAUGAGUCCUAAGCAGCUGUACGAACACUUUAAGGACGACUACCGGAUCCACGACAUCAACUGGAACGAGGAGAAAGCCACUGCCAUCCUGGAGUCCUGGCAGAGGAAGUUUGUGGAGGUGGUCCACGAGAGCGUCCCCGCCAACUCCAGCCAGACCAUCCACGCCUUCUCCACCACCACGCUCAACGACAUCAUGAAGUCCUUCUCCGACGUCAGCGUGGUCCGUGUGGCCGGGGGCUACCUGCUCAUGCUGGCCUACGCGUGCGUGACCAUGCUGAGGUGGGACUGUGCCAAGUCCCAGGGGGCCGUCGGGCUGGUCGGGGUGCUGCUGGUGGCUCUGUCUGUGGCCGCCGGCCUGGGACUCUGCUCCCUGCUGGGGCUGUCCUUCAACGCCGCCACCACACAGGUGCUCCCCUUCCUGGCGUUGGGCAUCGGCGUCGACGACAUGUUCCUAUUGGCUCACUCCUUCACCGAGGCGGGAAUCAACAUCCCCUUUAAGGAGCGCACGGGAGACUGUCUGCGCCGCACGGGUACCAGCGUGGCACUGACCUCCGUCAACAACAUGGUGGCCUUCUUCAUGGCCGCCCUGGUCCCCAUUCCCGCGCUCAGAGCUUUCUCCCUGCAGGCCGCGGUAGUCGUGGUGUUCAACUUCGCCAUGGUGCUGCUCAUCUUCCCCGCCAUCCUGAGUCUGGACCUGCACCGGCGGGAGGACAAGCGUCUGGACGUGCUGUGCUGCCUCUACAGCCCGUGCGCCGACCGCGUCAUCCACCUGUCGCCCCACGAGCUCUCGGACUCCUCCGAGGGCUCGUCCGCCACCUCGGCGGCGUCGGCGCCCUCCUCGGCCCGGUCGCCGCCGCCGCCGCCGCCGCCGCACGCGCACGCCCGCCCCCACUCGCACGCGCACCAGUACGCGGCGGGCUCCACCAUCACCACCAGCACCCACAUCACCACCACGGUGCGGGCCUUCACGCAGUGCGACGCCGCGGGGCAGCACAUCGUCACCAUCCUGCCCCCCACCUCCCAGAUCUCCACCAGCCCCCCCUCCGUCGUCGUCUGCUCGCCACCCGCCCCGCCGCAAGGAGCUGCCAGCCCCCCCCCAACCACCACCACCACCACCACCACCACCACCUCCUCCUCCUCCUCCUCCUCCUCCUCCGUCCCGGACCCGUACGGCUCGCAGCUCUUCGCCCCGUCCGCCAGCUCCACGCGGGACCUCCUGGCCCAGGUGGAGGACUCCAAGGCGGCGGGCGGCCGGGAGUGCGUGCCGCUGCCCUUCCUCCGCUGGAACCUGUCCAGCUUCGCGCGGGACCACUACGCCCCGCUGCUGCUGAAGCCCCAGAGCAAGGCGGCGGUGGUGCUGCUGUUCCUGGGCCUGCUGGGCCUCAGCCUGUACGGCACCACCAUGGUGCACGACGGCCUGUACCUGACGGACGUGGUGCCCCGCGACACCAAGGAGUACGCCUUCAUCGAGGCGCAGUUCAAGUACUUCUCCUUCUACAACAUGUACCUGGUGACCAUGGGCGGCUUCGACUACGCCCGCUCCCAGCGGCUGCUGGUGCAGCUGCACAACGCCUUCACCUCCGUGCGCUCGGUGGUGCGCGACACCGACCAGAGGCUGCCCCGCAUGUGGCUGCACUACUUCCAGGACUGGCUCCGAGGUCUCCAGACGGCGUUCGACGCGGACUGGGAGGCAGGUUGGAUCAGCCAGGACAACUAUCGCAAUGGCACAGAGGAAGGGGUCCUGGCCUACAAGCUGCUCAUCCAGACGGGCUCCAAGAAGGAGCCUUUCAACUACAGCCAGCUGACGUCCCGUCGCCUGGUGGACGCUGAGGGUCUCAUCGCGCCCGAGGUCUUCUACAUCUACCUGCUGGCGUGGGUGAGCAACGACCCCCUGGGCUAUGCCGCCUCCCAGGCCAACUUCUACCCCAAGCCCCGCGAGUGGAUGCACGACAAGUUCGACACCACCGAGGAAAACCUGCGCAUCCCUGCCGCCGAAGCACUGGAGUUCGCCCAGUUCCCCUUCUACCUGAACGGCCUGCGGCAGGCCAGCGACUUUGUGGAGGCCAUCGAGAGCGUGCGGGCCAUCUGCGACGAGUUCGCCCGCAAGGGCGUGCUGAACUACCCCAACGGAUACCCCUUCCUGUUCUGGGAGCAGUACAUCGGCCUGAGGCACAACUUCCUGCUGGCCAUCAGCCUGGUGCUGGCCUGCACCUUCCUGGUGUGCGCCGUGCUCCUGCUCAACCCCUGGACGGCCGGCAUCAUCGUGUUUGUGCUGGCCAUGAUGACGGUGGAGCUCUUUGGCAUCAUGGGUCUGAUCGGCAUCAAGCUCAGCGCCAUCCCCGUGGUCAUCCUCAUCGCGUCCGUCGGCAUCGGCGUGGAGUUCACCGUCCACAUCGCGCUGGGCUUCCUGACGGCGAUCGGCAGCAGGAACAAGCGCUCAGCGGUGGCUUUGGAACACAUGUUCGCUCCCGUGAUUGACGGCGCGAUCUCCACACUCCUCGGCGUCCUCAUGCUAGCCGGCUCCGAGUUUGACUUCAUCAUGAGGUACUUCUUUGCGGUGCUGGCCAUCCUCACCGUCCUGGGGAUGCUGAACGGCCUGGUCCUCCUGCCCGUGCUGCUGUCCCUCAUGGGCCCCCCGCCCGAGGUCCCCCUGGGGGGCGCCAACGCCGCCGCGGCCGCCGCCCACCGGCCCACCCCCUCCCCGGAGGCCCCGCCCCUCCCUCCGCCCAUGGCGCACCACGGCUACGACUACUCCGGCGGCCAGCGGGGGCGCCAGCAGGCCUUCUCCGAGUCCUCGGACUCGGAGUACUACUCGGAGACCACGUCGGGCAUCGGCAGUGAGGGGGACUACGGCCACGGCGACCAGAGCGCGUACACCGCGGCUCCGCCCCACGGCAACCCCGCCUCCAACACCUCUCACAUCCUGCUGGAGGCCAGCGGGAACCCCAGCUUCCCCAAACUCACGGUGGUGAAGCCGUUCAAAGAGAACACAGCGGGCUUUUGUGGAACUAAAGAACUCUUAAAUGAAUCUUCCCACAACGCGCACGCCAGGAUCACGCGCUGGGACACCGGGAACAAGUGGGAGCAGCAGCCGCAGCCGCAGCCGCAGCAGCAGCAGGGCUCCCGAAGGCCCCCGGCCCCUCCCAGCCAACCUUUACCCAGCGACAGAACUCACUUCCCUGGGCGGCUCGGCCACUGUGGCCCCAGGCUUCAGGGAAACAGAGGGCCGCAGCAGAGCAGGACUAAAGGGCCGGGUUAUGGCAACAAUAAUCAUCCGGCUUUAGCGACGCAACAAGGACCUUGCGGCGGACCGGUGACCAUGGUAACGGCCACGGCCUCGGUGACGGUUGCCGUGCACCCCAGCUUACCGGGGGCGGCCUACCAGGAAUAUACGCACGGGGCUUUCGACACGGACAGCGAGUCGGACUGCUUUGAGGACACUAGCGCGAGGACACACUCCUAUAAGAGAGACUCUCUGAAUAUCCAGGACAUGGAACAGGGCCAGCUGCAGCUCAGCCAGACAAAAGGUGGGCUGAGGGUUGAAUGCUAAGCUCUCCGGCUAACCGCUGUCUCCUAGCACUCUGAAGGCCUGCCGCCUAGCACCUCGACAACUCGCCCCGUCCAAACUCUUGAUCUGUACAUAAUCCUCGACGCAAAGACACGCCAGAGGAUCUAUUGUAAGGAAAUAUUAAAGCAAAAAAAGAUGGACAUAUAAAUCUAUGGGUAUAUAUUUUAAUACUAAACAGAGGGAAACUUAUUUAAGAGAGUACUGUUUAACUUGGGUCAACUCUUGUGUAAAAGCUCAGAUGUAUACGAUUAUUUCUCAAAAAAGGGGGCCGGUUGAUUUUAUUUCUUCUUCUCUAACCUCUCCGUUGUAUAGAAUAACAAAUGUGUUAUAUGUUAUAAAUGGUGCACGGAAAGAAAGUUAUUAAGAUAUUAGGCUUUUGAAAGGUUAUGAUCAGUGUUGAUUUUAUUUUUCGGGGGCUUUUUUUUGCUGCUACACUUCAAAAUAAGUUAAAAGAUUUGCCUUAAAAAUGCAGUAUAUCUUCUCCCCGUGCGGUUCAACCCGUCGAAAGUACGCUUAAUCGUGUUACCCCAUGGACAAGCUGUUACACUGCCAGUGAGUGAAGAGUAUACCGACCACCCUUCAUCUCACCCUUAUUCUUUUGUUUCUUUGUCGUUUCUGUUAUAUCCUUAAUAUAAAGUUUUUUUUCUUUUACCGUUUGCACUGUGAUAACACGCGCAAAGCAGAGACGACGCGGCAAACUCUGGUUUCUUGUUAGAAAGCAUCUAAUGUGCCUUAACCAGCCCUCUCCCCUUCCAUUGUCAAUGUCCCCAUCAGUCCAUUCAUAAAAUCCUGUGCCUAGUUAUGAAUAUGCUAUUAGCUCAUUGUCUCUCUGUUCUACGUGGCUGGUCUCAGUGAGGUCCUCAAAGAACCAGGCAAUAGAACGAUAUUCAGGAAUCGGUCAUAGAUAUGUAUGUCCUUUUGUGUGUUUGUGGAUAAUCAUCUGUUAGCCUCUGUGUGACCAAUCAGGCAACGCACCCUGUUGUGGUAGUGGUAUCUCAGUAACCAUAGUUACAGUGUCACACUCUUAACCCUAGUUUAACAUCCAGUCGUUGUUUUUCUGUGUGUUUUGUCUCCUACAGUCCGAAUUUUUUUAAUUACUUGAAGGAGGUUUGAUGUGCUAUUUUCUCUGCAGUAUUUGUAAGCUCUACAUUUGGGUGAAGUAAAGGUUUGAUUCGAGGUACUGUUCACCUCAAGUGUGUCAUGAAAGGGAAUUAUAGUCUUAGAUGCAAAGGGAUUUUUUUUUUGGUUCUUUAAAGUAUUGUUGCUGGCUGUCCAAGGGUUUGCGAUUUACAUUCUUGUUUUCAAAACCCUGUGCAAUUAUUGACUCAGAAGAGCUUCAUUCAGCAUAUUGUGCAGAGGAUUAGUUCUGCUUAACAAACAAGGUUCAGUCAUCUGGUGCAGUCAUUUGUUCUGCCUCAUAUUUGACUUUUAUCGUUCCAAUCCCUCUUGCUUCACCGGUAUAAGCUUCAGGCAAAGACAACUUUUAACUUAAUCCUGUUUUCCUUUCAGUAUUGGUCAAAUCACUGCCAAGUUAAAAUGCAGGGAAAAACCUUCCACAUUUUUCUUUUCAACAUUUUUUCAUUUUGUAUUCUGUUCUGAGUGGCAGCUUGGGAUUCUUUUCUAAAUAUGUCAGGAAAAAAAAAACGACAAAUAAGUAGCUACUGUGCAGUCUUGAAGAGAAAAACACAAAAGCCAAGCAGGCCAACAGUUGUAACUGUGAGUGCCAUCAGGGGGAGGAGAGGUGUGUGUGGGGGGGGGGGGGGGGUGAACUCAUACUGCAUAGAGUUGUUCCUUUCAGAAAAAAAAAACACAAUAAAAAUGUCAAUGUCAUGCCAUAUAAAUUAUUUAUAUAAAAUUUUUAUUUUUGUAGUUUGUACAGAUGAUAGUCGCUAGACUGAAGUUCUAUUUUUAAAGAGUAAAUAUAUUAUAUAUAUAUAUAAAUAUAUCUAUUUGUCUAUUUGCAGAGUUUUUUUUGUUUGUUUUUUUUGGUUGCAUUUUUAGGGAGGAGGGAGGAUGUUAGAAUGAGAUUUGGGGAGGGAGUGAGGGAGGGAGGGGGGGAGGGAAGACAUGAUUAGAAACGAUUUAUUUCUUCUUGGAAUGGAGCGAAGGGUGCACUUGGGGGGUCCAUGAAGGAGAACGCUUGUCCACAGAGACAGACUUUAACACCGAGUAUUUUUUUUUUUUUUUUAGGUUUCCUCUUGGCCCUUGCUGUUUUAUUGUUUUUGUUUUGUUUCGUUUAAGUGUUCUUGUUGCUGUCUAAAACACUGUGACUUUUGAAAACGAUGCUCGAGAAAACCCUUGUGUGACUGUCAUGUUCCCUCGCCUGCUAUAGGAAUUCAACUAACAAAAUAAAUCGAAUGGAGAAAAAAAAACGA